UCAUCAUCCUUUUCAUGGCGGUUCUCAAGCAGUUCGGUAUCUUCGAGCCCAUGUCCUCAUUUGAAGGUAAGGGCCCCACCUCAGGCCCCUCUUCUGGCUCCACUUACUGCACACGCAAUAACAUUUAUGAAGGGUUUAUAACACCAUCAUUAGUGUGAUCAUUAUCAUUAUUAGUUAGACUUAUAUGCAGUUACAAGGGCGUCUGGUUAAUAUCAACAAGUAAGGCAAUGAAGAAACAUUGUACAUUAUGGAAACUGAGUACACAUCUCUUCAAUCAAUCUUUUUACACACCAGCCUCCACAGGAUGAGUUAUAGUUUAUGACAAAUAAAUUGAUAUGGACUCAUAAUUGCUUAUAACUAUGUUUUUGUGAAAAAAAACAUUCAUGAAAUGUUUAUAUACUGCUUCUACAUGCUAAAUAGAGUGGUAAAAUAAACGGCUUCAAGUUUCUAUAAACUUCAGCAAUGUUCAUCUUCUGGUAAAUCUGGUAAAAAAACUACAUUGAUAAUUUGGUGAUGAACUGAAAGAUAAAGUGUUCCUUCCUGCUCUUCCUCGCCUUUCUAACAUUUUUAUAAUCUACAAAUCAAGUUUAUGUAAUGCAGAAUAAAUGUAUGAAUAUUUUAGCUGACUUUAAAUCAAAUAAUUGCCCCCUGCAACCCAAACCGACUGCACUGGUUUUCUGUGUACAGUAUUCUGUCUUGUUUGACUUGAAUUACCACAAAUGUAUAUUGAACUACCCGGCUAUUACAUCAGUGAAAAUAAUAAAUCAACAAAAUGCAUAAUGGAUACAUCUAACCUUCUGACAUGAUCUAUUCAAAUGAUACUGUUUUUUUAGGUAUUUGAAAGUAAUGGUCCCUCUUUAAAACUUCCUAAUGGGAUGAUGUUAUUUUUUUGCUUACUAAGAGAUGCACCAUAACACUUUGAUGGUGUAGACGGCGUACAUUGGGGACAGUAUCAGGGAGAUGGGAAGCCGCUCUCUGAGCAACGCAUUUCCGUUUGAUUACAGUUUUGGGUGCCAGCCAGUCAGAGUGAGGCAGGACAAUUACAGGAAGGCUCCAGUCGGCACAUUAGUGCUUCUCCUAUGGCUCUGAAUCACAAGUAAUAAAGUCAACAAAAAACACCAGUAAUCGACUUUCAUAAUUUAUCGCUCCUCUUAAUCACUCCAAUCGUAAAAAUUCCACCCAAACGCCACCAGACCCCCCCUCACUGUGGUGGGGCCGACCCACCGGUUUUGCGUUACUUCCCAUCAAUUAUACAAGCGCUAUCGAACCGGCUUUCUCUGAGGCUGCCUAAAUUUGGAUCCUGGACUACUCCUCCAGGACCCUGAAGGGCACCGGCCGUCCCCCAUCAUGAGCCGUCAGCCGUGGUUCCAGACCUACUCAACAACAGCAGAAACAGUUUGGCAGCAUUUAAAAAAACAAAUAUAUAUUUAUAUAUCUUUGCUGUGACUUCAUCCCCAUUUCUACUAAAGUAGUGUAUGGUUUUGUAAUGUUAUUUGAUGAGAUAAAAAAGAGAAUUAAAGGCAUUAAAAGUACUUCACACUAUACAAGGAAACUGUUCCCCCUCCAUUCGACAUAGAAAUAAUUGUUUGGCUCAGUAUUUCUAUUUGUCUGGAGGGGAUCUUUGAUACUGUGUAUCCAGUUUUUCCACAUUUAGCAUCAACAGAGCAUCAGAUGUCUUUUAGCAAUCAGCAAUCCAAUCAGGUCUGGUAUCUUACUUGUUGCAUUAUUUAUAUCAUCAGCACUCAAGAAAAGAGCCUUUGAUUUUGAAAAUGCAUUGAUUGAUGACAAAUGCCUCAGCACAUUUGAUUGUUGUCCCGUCCUCUCUGCUCCAAUGUCGAUUUUGGGUUCAGUCCAGCUUGGUCCUAUUUUGGGAAGACACCCGAUGCCAGAGGUAGCCUUGUCUUUAGACGUAUGUAUUGUUUGUUCUCUGAUACCAACGUCUGAUAUUUGUCCUGCACAGUUGACUCUCGCAGGAUGAAUAACAUCGAUAGCUAGAGGUUUAUUUGUGACUUUAGAGAUUUAUUUGUGACUUGUUUGCUCAUUUUUGUGUUCGUCAGAAAUGCAUCAUUCAACCAGCAGUGGGUACAUUUACUCAAGAACUGUAUUUUAGUGCAAUUUUGGAUGAACUUGUACUUUAUGUAGCGUGUCUGUUACACUACUGUGGUAGGCCGGUAUACUCUGAUCAGUAGUACAAAGUACAAGUCUUAUGAAUUGCGAGUACACUCAACCCAAAGAAAUAUUCUCCUAAAAAUCAGCUUUGUAUAAAUAAAUUUAGACGUGAUGAAAUCUAUUUCUCUUUCUCGCCUUUUGUUAUAAGCUUGUAAAACACUUGGCAUGUUGAAUAAAAAGGGCAAUUCCCAAAAACCUCAAUUGUGCAGAGAGAGAGAGAGAGAGAGAGAGAGAAACAAUCACUUUUCUAUAUCUGGGAUGAAGUCGCCUCCUGGAGUUGUGCGUCUGCGGUUUCUUUAGUGGUCUCCACUAGAGGGAGCAUCUAUUACAGGAGUGUGACUGUGUGACACAUUAUCAAAUCUGUGUUACUGAGCCCAGGGGAGACACGGGGAACAAUUAGAAAGUGGAUCACGGAGCUGACUGGGAAAAUGGGAUCCAGGGCACCUGUUGACCUUUUCUCACCACCUUCUCUGGCUCCUUAAAGGCGAACUGGCUCGUGCGUGUCCACGUUCUGAAAAAAGACUAUUAAUCUUCAGUUAGCUUUGUCGGUUUUGAGAUAUUCAGUGCUUUGCUGUCUCUUGGGUCAUUGUUUUUGUCGGAAGGGGUAGACUUGCAGCAGGCUGCUUGGGGGAGAAUAAGCUGUGAAAGGAGGAAGCUGCACAGCAUCAGUCAUUCAGUCAGUGCUGGAUUUUUGAAGUUGUUUUGUCACAAGCUAGAGGCAAAGUAAUCGCAAGCAAACGCUCUGCUUGUGCCGGAACAACCUACACGUGUGAGAGUUUAUGAGCCUCCUCGCUGUCUCAUUAGGGUUUCCAUUAACGCUGCAGUUCAGAUCUUGGUUAUUCUCACUUUCGGGUUAUUUUCACAGCAAUACUCUGAACAAAGGAGUUGGACCAUCGGACGCUGCUCUUACUUGUGGAGAACAUGGACAGAUCCAUUAGAGCAGGAGAGAGCAGGGGCGGGAGGAGAAAACGCCAGUCAAUUAAAAAGGCAGAAGGGGGGAGCUAAAUUAGACUAACUUGUGGCAGAAAAGGAGCGAUGAAUGAGUGGCACUGCUUCAGCGACAGCAGAGAAGAAGACCGGAGAGAGGUUGAGACCCAACGAGACACGGGGAUUAAAGGGAGAGGGUGUUUUGAUCGAUGCCAACUAUGUAAAAGGGUAAAGGAACGAGAUUGACCGUGGAGGGGAAGAAAGAAGAAGAGGGGAAGAUGAGUGUGAGGUGGGAGUCGGAGGGACUGCAGACCGUCGGCAUCGUCUGCCUGGUGAUCAUGUUCCUCAAACUGAUGCACCUGCUCGGCCUGAUCGACAUCACUGAGACCGAUGAAAGCAGCGACAGCGACUUGGAGCUGUCGACGGUGCGUCACCAGCCGGAGGGUCUGGACCAGCUGCAGCUGCAGACCAAGUUCACCAGGAAGGAGCUGCAGUCGCUCUAUCGAGGAUUUAAGAACGAGUGUCCCAGUGGGAUGGUUGAUGAGGAGACGUUCAAGACCAUCUAUUCUCAGUUCUUUCCCCAAGGAGAUGCAACCACGUACGCUCACUUCCUGUUCAACGCUUUCGACAUGGACAGAAACGGUUCAAUCCGCUUCGAGGACUUUGUCAUCGGCCUGUCGGUGCUGCUCAGAGGUUCGGUCACCGAGAAGCUCAACUGGGCCUUUAACCUCUACGACAUCAAUAAGGACGGCUACGUCACCAAAGAGGAGAUGCUGGCGAUUAUGACGUCGAUCUACGACAUGAUGGGCAGGUACACCUACCCCUGUGUGCGAGACGAGGCGCCCUCCGAACACGUGGACAAGUUCUUCCAGAAAAUGGAUAAAAACCGAGACGGUGUUGUGACCAUUGAAGAGUUCAUUGAGACUUGUCAGAAGGACGAAAACAUCAUGAACUCCAUGCAGCUGUUUGAAAACGUGAUCUGAGGAAGCCCCCGACGUUCACCACUCACACAAACGCGGCUCGGCCACCUCACCCGCACCCCAAACCCAUCACGGCAGAUCACGCAGGCGCCGGACAACGGAAGUAGACGUUUUGUUUUUCGUAUUUGUCUCUGCGCUCCUUUAGCUGUGUUUUGCAACUGCUCCUGGACUAAAAAAAGAACUGCUACAGACGGACGGAAGGGAAGAGCUUCCCGGGUAAAAGAAAAAUCACCGUCUUGUCCCGUGUGUUUUUUUUUUUUGUGUCCUCAAAUGAAGAAACGGAAAAGCUUCUUGUGAUUGUCACACAAAAAGAAUCAACAACGGAGGAAGAAGCUUAGGAUAAUCCUCUGUCCUGAGCACACACGGGUAUUAGCUUCAACACUAAUACUCCAAUUAUCUUUCACUCACACACACACACACAUUUGCAAACACACAUAUACACACACACACACACACACACACUCGCACACAGACCAGCCGGAUGAAGUGAGCUAAGAGGAUGAAAGGAAAAAGAGAAAUUAAUUUAAAGCAUGUGACGUGGAAUUAGCUUGCAGUACAGUUUUAUGGCGCUGCCUGGAGUGAAGGCCCUGUAGAUACCUGCACCGGAUACGCCGCUGGUGUGUAUGUAUAUAUGUAUAGUUAAUAGUUACACAUCCUACCUUGUAUCGGUCUCAUCUGUGCUGCACUGGGUGAUGGGUCGGGAUCAGAAGUCUCCGUUUAACACGGAUUAAUAACGUUAUUCUCCCUUCUGUUUUUCUAUUCUGGAUGAUCGUGUUCAGCCGGUCGGGAAUGAAAAAGUGAGUCCGUACGGUACUGUGAAGAAAACCAGAGAACUGUUAAAAAGUGUGUUCCUGUGCUGAAUUAAGGCUUUGUCCGGGUUCCUCGGUGUCUACGAGCAUGCUGACUCUUAAGUGCCACAGUAUCAUGUACAGUACAGUAGCACCUUUGUGAUGUCGGUUCAAUUAAAGACGCUGUCGACAGCUGUGACGUC